CGCGACUGUUCUCAACAUUUGCCACGCGCGCGCGGUGCUCACUCAGUCAGGGCCACAGACUCCGUGCAAAGAUCACGCGUGACAAGCAUCAAUGACCGUCUGGUCCUUGCCUUGUCUCGUUGCGCUCGAGUGGGUGAGCGACAGCGCCGAGCCUAGCGCUCACAGGAUGGUGAUCAGAAUUCGGCAGCUUGGAUCACCCGCGUGCCAGGCGGAACGGAUCUCGCUGAUUCGCCAAUGUGCGUCUCGGCGAGAUACUGCCGCCUUGAAGCUGUUGAACACGUUCAAGCUGCCGCUUGAUCUGAAUGUAAUCCGCUUUCGCUAGUCGAGGCUGCCGCUAUGCGAUCGGCUGCGCUAGCAGCGGACGGCGCUCUUUCCAAUGUGAACGCAGCGGUCUCGAAUAUUGUCGAAAGUCAGAAAUCAUGCGGACU